GGGUCAUGUGUCAAGGCUCUCUGCCACAAGUGGCUCGAGAUAGCUUAUUUGUACGGAACUAGAAGCCUAGUGCUGAUCUCAGCUUGCUGACUUAACCCCGUACUGUAACUACUAACUUAUCCUUUUUCAUGAGUUAAGCUCGCUCUCUGAACAGCAACGGAUAGCCCUUUUUUCGUGCAUCCGUUACUUUUAGGUCUCCAUCAGGACUGUUAUGUUCAUAGCGCUUCGCGACAAUGGCAAGCCUUUGGGGUUCCCGACGCAUGUCGAAACAGCUCACGCGCCAAUCAAAACGCGAGAAAGGCAAAAGGCCCGAAGAGCCUCAGGAGCUAGAUUUAACUCGCCUGCAGUCCACUAAUUCGAGGACUCGCAAGAAGGCGGAGCUUAUAAAGAAAGUGAGCGAAUCGCGUCGCCGGUUCCACUUUAGAGAGCUCCUGUGCAUCGCGCUGCCGCCGAACGCGACGCUCGAAGACGGACAACUACCAUGGCCGCUCUGCUCCCCUCCCACCACGCCGGACGCAUCCGGCCGAGGGCUGACGUGGUUCCCGAACGCCAGCGCGGACGACGAGUGGCUGGACGAGGUCGAAGCUGCCACGGCCUCACACGGCGCCUUGCCGCAGGCUCAGCAGGCUGCGAGCAGCAGCGCUGUAUCCAGACACGUGCGAGAGGAGGUUGUAAAGAUUGAGGAGGUCUCUACCGAAAUCGUGACCGUUGAGGAGCUAUCCACAGAGAUCAACCAGCCGGUUAGGUCUGGGAGAAGACGGAGGUCAGGGGCGAGAGCAAGGGCAGAGACAGGCACAGGAGAAGAGGAGGAGAAGAAGGGGAGGAAAGGCAGGAAGGGCGGUAGCAGGUCGAAGAGAGAAGCUCAGCCGCCAGACGAGGCAACGAGCGCGGAUCCUAGAGUGCUGCCUGAAAGGCCUGCUGCUGCUCCUGAAGCAAGGAACGUGGGGGCGCCACAGACUGCUGCUAGCCCUUCAGCUGGAGUGCGGGAAACAGCGUCUGCUGCUAGCCCUGGUGCCGCUACUGCUGGGCUCGCCGCUGGCUUGGCAGGAGGGGUUGCGGCAGCAGGUGGGGCUGUAGCAGCAGGGGUGGCAGGCUUGGUUGCAUGGCGAGACUCCGAGCCACCAGCAGGAAGCAGCGGGGAGGUGAUGGAAGAGGAAGGACGGCCAGAGCCGCAGCCAGUGGCGGAGGAGAUGAGUGUUGACUCCAGAAUACUAGAGUCAGCAGUACUAGCGUCAGCGGACGCAGCGAGCGACUUGGCUACAGAUGGUACAGCCUCAGCCAUGCAGACGGUGCAGGAGGGCAGAGAAGAAAUAGGUGAAGCAGCAGAAGCAGCAGAAGCAGCAGAGGCAGCAGAGGCAGCAGAGGCAGCAGAGGCAGCAGAAGCAGCUGAAACAGCAGACGCAGGUGAACCAGGGCCAAGCGGAGCAGCAGUUGCUGCUGCAGGCGGCGUUGGUGCAGGGGCAGCAGUGGCGGCAGGAGCAGUGGUAGGAGGAGCCCUAGGCGCUGCUCUUUCCCGGGAAGACUCCAGAGACCAGUCCGGAGGGGGGUCGAAACGAGCCACCCCUGUGACCCCCCUGGGUGGUAGUUCGCCCGUAUCUGCAGGGGAGGAGGGCGGCAGGAGAGGGGUGAAGGCGAAGAGGAACAAGGUCUCGAGUGAGGAGGUGUCAGGGGGGAGUGGGAGGGGAGCGAGCAGCGGGACUGGAAGCAUGGGGCGCAGUAGUGGUGGCAGCAGUAGAGACACGGUCCCACAGCAGCAACUACAGCAGCAAAGGCAGCAGCAGCAGCCGUGGUCCAAGCAACCGCUAUCAGGUCACGGCGCCAGUGGCAUGCCUCCCAUGCCUCCCAUGGGUCCCAUGCGCAGCAACAGCGAGCUGCCCCCCCUCCCCCACCGCAGCGGCAGCGGCAUCCCCCAGCCCCUGCGCAGCAGCAGCGGCCUUGCCGCCCUCAACGCCUCCACCAGUAGCAACCUCCUGCAGCGCGCCGCCACGGGCAGCGGUGACCGUUGGAUCUUCCACUCUGGCGCCGAUCGGGACCAGCUGGUGGAAUCCGACUCCAGUGACGAUUCUGAGACGAUGAGUGGGAGGCUGGAGGGCGGGCUAGGGGACUCGUGGGGGAGAGGGAGAGCAGGGGAUGAAGCAGGGUCGUUCAAAGUGGGGAGCUUGGCGAGCCAGGGGUCUAGAGGGGGGAGCAUGAGCCCAGUGUCCGAGAUCGGGGAGCACGGGGCGGCGAACUUAGGAGGGAGAAAGAAGGGCGUGAAUUGGCAGGGGACCCCUCCUCGGCCUGGGAGUGCGGGCGGGUCGAGAAAGUCGCGGCUAGGGAAGAGAUCUCCCAGGGGGUCCUCGCUGGGCGCGGGUAUGCUGGAGAGGGUUGCGGGAGGGAUGGCGGACAGCAGAGGGAGUUUUGGGGCAGGUGCGGAGAUCAGCAGAGGGAGCAAGAGCAUGAGGGGGCUUCCGGCCCGGUACCCCUGUUUCGCUUACUAGGCUCGGGUCUGGGGCUCCUGUGCUUAGGCCUGCCACUUCUGGGGGGCUUUUGCUUGAAGAUGUGGGGAAGUAUGAUGACUGGGUGG